AUGCUGAGCGCCACGAAGCUCAAUUCUGAUCAAGACUCACGCCUCUUCAGUUCUGAGAUGGCCUAUUUCAGGCAAAUUCCCAAGCUUGUUUCCCUUUGUGAAUUCUGGGCGUACGAGAUCACGUCUUCGCAGCAAUUCGGCCAGCUGCUGCUAGCCUUCACACCAUCACUACGCUGGUUGGCGCUGGUCACAACCACUUACACCAUCGACUUUUCGGGCCCCAGCAAUGACGACAGUAGCUCUGGAAGCAACUCAGAGGGACCUCAACCAUCAAGCGAAACUAGUUCUGAACCUCUGGGAGACUCUUACGACAACACUUCUGCCGCUGAGCCUUCCAGUGCUAGCAGCGCAAAUAGCCCAACAGGAGGACAAGAAGAAGGAUCAGACUCAUCAUCGACCACACCAAGCAGCGCCAGCGCUUCCGAAGGCGAGCCACACAGCGGUACGCCUGCUUCAUCGGCCAGUGACGAUGGGCAGUCUAGCGAUGAGCAGCAAGUCCCCUUCUCAGGAUCGUCAAAUCACACUCCUCCCGUACCAGACUCGGCCACCGAGGAGAGUCCGUCAGUCAGCCAUUCCCCUGUGGAUGUUCCCUCUCCUGCUCCGGUGCCACCGGCCAACGUCACCACUGCGGAACCUUUGCAUCCAGCACCAACGCCUCAGCCUCCUCCACCUCCUCCUUCUACGAAAUCUGGGCCACCCCAAAUACCCCCCGCGGCACCCGAAAAUGUUCGCGCGAUGCUGCUCGACAAGAUACCGAAGGCCGCCAUGCUUGGCAGCGACAUUCACACCGCGUCUUGGCGCAUCAGCGCCAACAUACCGCCCAUCAUUUUAGGUCUUGUGAAUUGCAGCUGGGGUCUACCUCUUCUUGAAGUUGACAAAUCGCCCUUUGCCAGGGUGAGAAAUUUUGAGACGACCGUGCUCUACGGACAGACGAGCUCAGAUGCGAUCUAUCUUCAUUCGCAGCCCGCCUCUGAAAGCCCCAUCGCCAACGUCAUCUCAGGACUGUUGACCAGUAUCACUUUGACAGGUCACUUUGCGUUCUUGGCAUGCCUGGCUGGCACCGUGCUGGCACCAUCCAUCGCGGAGAUGGAAGAGAAGCAAAGUGAGCCGACUCGGCACUAUCCAUCGCCUAUCCUUACUUCAACGAUUCGCCUCUUGGUCAGCUUCUAUUGCUGCUCUCGGGAACCUGCCUCGGCACGCCCUCCACCCCCACCCCGCGCAGUGAUCACGAGACACAGACAAGAGAACGCCGGGGUAGAGAACAAGUCAGGCGUCGAUCCAGCGAGGAUGUCUGCCGGCGGCCGUCAUGUGCUGAGUCGUCUAAUCAACCAAGUGCGCGGGCAGAACGCCACCCCUGAGAAUCCUGCCCAAUCUGCACCAAGACUCGCCUCGGGGGGCCUCGACGAUUUUGGCGACCCCUUCGAAAGCCCUGAGCUGCCUAUAGAGAUGGACUCAGCCUUGUCUGCAUCCGAGUACCACUAUCUCGCCCAAUUUGCAGAUGGCGGCAAGGAGCCCUGCGGCCUCAGCGCUGUCACAGAGGAAUCAGUGCCGGAAAGCGAGCAAAGCCAGUCGAACCUUUGGCAAGUGCGCACAGGGCCCCGCUUGCAGCCCAAAAACCAGGCAAGCUACUGGCAAAUACGCGCAGGAUCAACGCCUAUCCGGGCUGGCGCGAACACGCCUCACCGCCGCUCGCAGGUCUCAUCGAAGACGAGACCUGCCCAUCCAUCGGUGCAUCAAGAAACCAUGAUGGCCUCCGAAGUCAGACCUUUGAGCCAAGUGACGAGGCUGUCCCAGAUUCUCGCUUCGCCUGCACCUACUAAAAUCAGAUCGCCUGGAUCGUCAUUCGUAUCGGCCGCAUCUGAUGACGACUACGCUGCUGGUGCAGUGAUCAUCUCACAUCCAGGUGUUGCGCCAAGCGCCCAAGAGUAUGGCGUGGCGCGAAAGGUCAGCUACAAAGCUUCGCAUCAUCGACACGAUUCCGAUGCUAGCGCUAUCAGCGCGGUGGACCAACGCGACAGCAUGACAUCCCAUGAGAUAAUCGCAGCUCGAGCACAGUGUGACGACGCGCCAGAAAUGCCUGCCGAUGCCAGGAUUAACAGCGGAAGUAGAUAUAGCGGUGAGAGCUGGGAUGCAGGAUUCAAAGCCCGCAAUGACGCAAGAAGGUCAAAAUGGCGCUCGCACCCCCUUCAGCGUUCUAGCACAGGGUUGUCGAAACGGUCAUCGAUGCCAUUCGAUUCCCAAGAGUUGGAAGGAUUUCCGCUGCCUCCGCAGGAAGAAGGGGUCCACGAUACUUCUAGAAUCGGCGACGAAGUGAGGGCCACGCUCGCAGACGCUGGUUCGAUCUCUGGGAGCAGCUAUGAACAAAACAGCCUCACACCCUCAACGAGGAUCUCUGCGCUCUUGACGGCCGUUGGCUGGAAUGGCAGUCGCAAGAGUGAAGGUCCAGAACCUGGAACAGCUCCAAGUGCGUACGGCCCCGACCACCCCGACGGCACGUUUAUUCGGGCCCCUAGUCCUCAGCGGCAGUCUAACAGCACUCAUCUGAGCGUUACAAGUCGUCCAGAUGCGCUCUCAAAGGUAGCCUACGACACAUCAGGCGCCGGCGCAGGUCGUCCAAUGAGUGCAGUGCCAGAGGUGCGCGAGGUGGCUGCUCGUAUAGACCAGCCUUACAGCAAUGCAAAUUUGGGCACAGCAGAUAGGGUGUCGGUGAUACCUUCAAUUGUCAGCCCUGCUGACAGCACGUCCAACGCGGCCGGCCCUGAAGAAGUUGGCGGACGGCCUAGCGAGCACGAAUUGACCGUACCACGUGCAGCCCACAUCGUAGGGGGCCCAAAUCAGCUCGCCUGGCCAACCCAAAACAGCAAGCCCGCUGCACAGCUGCUGAGCCCGCAAGACGCAGACGAGAGUGAAGAUCAUCUGCCAUCGUCUGCCAAGGGCUACAUCGAGCGCCCGCUUCCGCCCACGCCCGACGGCAAAUACACUGGACCACAAGAAAGACCUGGUUCUUCACGCUCACGCUCGGGAUCGUCCUACCAUCAAGAUUGA